CGAACCGCAUAAAUAUCCAAUCCCCAGAACAAACCACCUUUCCCUUUUCUCCUUCGACUCGAUCGCCAUCAAUCUUUCGUCCUUCGAAACCCUAACUUCUCCCCUCAAUUUUCAUCAAUGGCGGAAUCCACCGUCACCAAAUCCAGCACCUACAACUUAUUCGUGAAACUUUUGGAGGGCAAAACCCUAACCCUAAAAUUCACAACCCCGAAGAUCCCCGCCACUUCCAUCAAGCACCUCUUAUACAAAAUCACCAAAAUACCCCUCCAUCACCAGCGCCUCGUCACCGGGACUCGCCAACUCAAGGAUGAUUCCGUCAUCUCGUGUUCCUCCUCCGACGCGCCGUACUUCCCAACGGUGCAUCUUCUGCUCCGGCUCGUCGGUGGAAAGGGCGGGUUCGGGUCGCUGCUGCGUGGGGCUGCGACGAAGGCCGGGCAGAAGAAGACGAGUAAUUUCGACGCGUGUCGUGAUAUGAGUGGUCGGAGGCUGCGGCAUGUUAAUGCGGAGAAGAAGCUUGAGGAGUGGAGGGCUGAGGAAGAAGAGAGGAUGCUCGAAAAGAUGGCGGAGGAUUAUUUGAAGCGUAUUGCGAAGAAGGGGAAAGUGGGAACUGGAGACGAUAAGGCUGAGAAGUAUGUGGCCAAGUAUAGGGAGCAAUCGGAACGCUGUGUUUCGGAGGUUUUGGAUUCGGUUAAGGAGGCUGUUAAGGGAAAGCGUAGGGGGGCGGCCAAGGAACCAGUGGCAGAUUCGAAAAGGCUGAAAAUUUGGAUGGGCAAGAGGAAAAUGGGCGAAAGUGAUUCAGAGGAUGACGACAGUGAUAAUGAAGAUAAAAAUGAGAAAUCCAUUGUAUUAAAUAAUGGGAAUAACUCAGAUUCAAGUAAAGAAACUGAGAGAAGUUUGGAUUCUGUGACUGGUAGGAAACAAGAUGGUGAGAUCUCAGGUGGGGGCUCAAGUGAGAGUGGCUCGGAGGAAGAGAAAGAGAUGGUUGUGCAGGGAGCACAACCUUUUGGUGGAGGCCCUGGUCAAGAAUCUCUUGAUAACGAGAAGAAUGAGAUGGUUGAACCAGUGAUUCCUGAAGAGAAGAUGGUUAGUAGUGCAAGUGUUACUUGUUCAGAGCUUGAUACGGUUUCGGGAGUUGAAGCAGAUCAAGAUGGAAAGAUAGGUUGCAGUGGACCUGAGAUGGGAAAUCUGAAUGAAGUAGUUGGUCAAUCCCAGAAGGUUCCUAGUUCAGGGCAUGGGCAAGAAAUUGAAAGUGCAUCAGUCAUUGCUGAAGCCAAUGAUUCAGGAGUUCAGGAGGAAACAGUUGCGAGUGGAAACACUCUAGAGAUAGAGAAGCCACUGAAUUUUGAUGAGUACGGUUCAGCAGCUGAAAUGGAGGUUCUUGGCCGGGAAAGGUUAAAGUCUGAACUGCAAACUCGUGGGCUAAAGUGCGGGGGUACUCUGCAGGAGCAAGCUGCGAGGCUUUUCAUGCUAAAAGCUACCCCGAUCGAGAAGAUUCCAAAGAAGCUCCUUGCAAAGAAAUGACAACAUUAUGUACUUCAUUUAACUUUAUACUUUCUAGAAGAAGAAAAAAUCUCAUCAAUGUAUGAAUAUCGGGGUUUCGAUGUGUAUAUUUCUAUCUCUGCCCGUUGUCGGACUAAUUUUGUACUUGUGUACCAUGAUGCUUUGACUGAUGCAAUAAUAUAUGUGCAACUUUCGUUUUGUGAAA